CUGAAAUUAAAUUUUAAAUAAUUAAGCUCAUUUUCUAAAUGAAAAAAGUGACAAAAAACUAUGUUGAGUUUAGAAAAUGACAACACUGUUAUUUCACAAGUUCAUACAUAAACUGAUGUUUAUUCAUGUAGGUGCACGUAUUAUUUAUUUACUGUUUACCUUUCAACCAUUUAUAGUUCUGUUUGUGUUUUGUGAAUCCUAAACGGUGCGUCCCGGUGACCACGUGGGGGCAGCAGCGCAGCUUUCGGAGCGUCAUCCUGUCCUUCAGGUGAGUCUGGAGUUACCUGAUGUUGGUUGGGAGCCGCAGAAGCGCCUCAAGACCACCGAGUCAGUGCACAGCGACGACACGAAGCGUGUUUCACCAGCAGCGUUUUCAGUUGGAGGUGGCCGGUGGGGAGCUGCUGUCGUACCCGCGUAAAUACGCACACGGGCAGCUGGGAGGAGGAGUACACCGAGAGAUGUCGGAGUGAGACCGAGCCAAACGAGAAGACUUGUUGGGGAUUGUACAAGCGAACAGACGCAGGAGGAGAUUUCCGUUUCUGGUUCACCCGUGAGCUCCCGCGCAGCCCUGGCUGCUGAAAACGAAGGUUGGCUGUCAACAAGGAAGCCUUCGGCUGUCUGAAGCUACCAUGAAGGCUCAACGUUCACAGGUGCUCCACAGCAACAGAAUUCCCAUUUAGUUGAAGGGAAGGAAGAGACUUUCCCGAAAAGCCAAGAAGCCUUGCGGUUUUUUAGCUCUUGUGGAGCUUUUCUUUCGUUUUUGUUCAGCUAUGAAGGACGUUUUUCUUCUUCACCACAGCAGGUAGAAGUAAAACUGCAGAGCUGCGACAGAGAACUUGCUGUUUAGAGCGAUAAAGCUCACCACCUUAAAGACUUUCUCCGGGAUUAUUGAGGCAAUAGUGACAGUCGUUUUCCUGUUUCUUAUCCAGAGCCAUUGUUCUGCUACCUGGUCCUCUGAAGAUUUUCGGGAUUUUAACGGUUUAGACUUUAGAAACUCCUUGUUUUUCCACUAGUAAUAUAUAAAAGUUACAAUUUCAAUCAAAUCAAUCAAAGCUUUAUUUAUAAAGCGCCUUCCACAACCCUGUCGGGAAGCCCAAAGCGCUGAACACGGUACAUGAGAAGUACAUUUCACCCAAAGCACUUGCAGAGGCCGCAGUGACUGAGGCAGAAGGAGCAGAGGUGAUAGGAGGGCAGAUGGUUUCCCUCUUCCAAAACUCUAACAGAUGGAUGAAUAAAAUAUUGGAAUAGAGGAAGUCGUGACAUCUGGUUGAGAAGUGAGGGAUUCUCGUUCCCCGUCUUUUCUUAUUCUGCUCACUCUUGUCACUACUACCCCCCCACCGGUCCUCUCCAUCCCCCGUCUCUGUGGACGCAGGAGUUCAGCCGGUCACUCAGACAGACAGAAACAAGCUUGAGCGCCGGCUUGUUUCUCCUUUUCUGCUUUGUUCCAUCUUGCCGUGACCCCGUGCCUCCACCCCCGCUCCGCUUCCGUGCUCCCUCCCUCCUCCUGCGCUGUACAGUGUGUGAUGGUGCACCCCCUCCUCUUGGUCCUGGAGACAUGCCUGUACAGGAGAUGGCGGUGAGUCCUGUCAAGUCUCUGCACUGGGAGCAGUUCCCCUCCAUGUCGCAUCGCCGAGUCUACUGCACCCCCGUCUACCACGAAGGCCUGCUGUACGUGCUGGGGGGCUGCAGCGAAACUGGCACGCCCCUGGACAGCGUGGAGGUCCUGGAUGUUGAGAGCCAGAUGUGGAGCCAGCUGCCGCCGCUGCCCACGGCGCGGGCGGGGGCCUCAGCUGUGGCGCUGGGGGGUCUGGUGAUGGUGCUCGGGGGCAUGAAUCAGCAGCAGAGCCCUCUGGCCUCGGUGGAAGUGUACCAUCCCGAUGAGGGCAAAUGGGAGACAAAAGCCUGUUUAAGUCAGCCGUCGAUGGGAGUGACCACAGUGGAGAAAGAUGGGAAAGUGUAUGCCCUGGGCGGAAUGGGAGCAGACACGACGCCUCAGGCGUUUGUGAGAGUCUACGAUGCAGAGAAGGACCAGUGGCAAUCGGUGACCGCCAUGCCGACGCCACGCUACGGAGCCUCACCGUUCGUAAUAGGAAACAUAAUCUAUGUGAUGGGCGGUCGUCAGGGGAAGAUGCCAGUGACGGCUCUGGAGGCGUUUGACCUGGAGACAAAGAGCUGGACAAGUUACCCUUGCAUCCCCAGUCGGAGGGCCUUCUCCUGCUGUGCCUCGAACGAGCGAAGCCUCUUCAGCCUGGGGGGACUUCAGCAGCCGGGACCUCAUAACUUCUACUCCAGACCUCACUUUGUCAGCACCACAGAGGAGUAUGACCUUGAUCAAGGUGUUUGGAUCAAACCCAGCCGAACAUCACGGAUGAGGGAGAAAAGAGCCGACUUUGUGGCUGGAUGCCUGGGAGGAAGGGUGAUCGUAGCCGGUGGUCUGGGUAAUGAGCCGUCGCCUUUGGGCUCAGUGGAGAGCUACAACCCAGUGAAGCGGCGCUGGGAGUACGUGGAGCCCAUGCCUACCGCACGCUGCUCUUCUGCUCUGCUGCAGACCACCAGCAUGCUGUUUGUCAUCGGAGGAGUUGCCCAAGGACCCAGCAACGCUGUGGAGGUCCUCUGCUUACAGGAAACGCUGUGACACACACAGACUAACGCGAACCCUGGAAUAAAUACGAUCUGGCAUUGCUAUUUAAUUCGUGUAUCAGUGGAGACUCCAGAACGUGCACACGAACUGGAUCCACAGAUUGCACUGAAGUACGGUUUUUAUCUUGACGCUCAGCAGAAAGAUUUCCCUUUUGCGCUGAGACUUUUUUAGCCAUUUAUCGAGCAUUUUCAAAUGGGAUGUUCAGAGAAAUUUAAUGACGAAGCCGUUUGAAUACAAGAUGAAGGACAUUCGAGUAGGUUUCUGUGACUUGCAAGGACAAGGAAAUCAGAGGAAGAAAGCACAGAGCAAACAUAACCGACACAGACUCGGUGUCUGGAGGAACAACUCGGCUUAGAACUGUUGAGCAUUUUUCAGAAUAAAAGCAGGGUACUUUUCUGGAUAUUAAAGGAACUUAGGGCCAUAAUUGAAUUUCUUCUCAGCAGCACCGCUCUGCUUUUGCAGCAACGAUACGAUCGGACACUUUUCUACCACAGGAGAAAAUGCCACUUUGGUGGGUUUUGAAAAUGUGGAUGUCAUUAACGGGCCUCUUUUUCCCGAUAGGAAACAAUCCUCAGCAUACAGCCACUCGCUAAAAGUCAACGAGCUGUCGGUUUGAAGUCCGUUCACUUCGUCCCAACAGCAGCAGAGGCGGACCACAGUCACCGCUUCCUUGAUUGAGGAAGAAUUGACUGCACUUGAGCUUGUCAGCUCUUUGCUUUUGCUACACAUCUCUCCAUCCGUGCACCGCUGCAAUCAAUCACUGAGUCCAAACCGCCGCUUGCGCUGUAGCACAGGGAGGACUCCGCUCGUGGAGUGAAUGUGAAGUCACCUGCUGCACUGAAGCAUCCCGACAAAUCAGCUUCCUGCCUCACAGCGCUAGAUUCCCCCUGAGUCAUAGCAGUGUGCUUUAUUAUUAACCUCAACAUGAAGCCAGGCAGAUGAUGGAUUUACGGUUAAAACACCUGACCUGAAUGUGUGUGGAGUUCCUCUUGAAUUUAAGACCGAACAGGGCUCUAACACAGGAAAUACAGCUGAGUUGCAGGUUUUCACUAACAAUCUGCAUUGACUUCACUGAUUUCCCUAACAAAUGCAUGUCCCUAAGGAGAAACUAAUUAGAUGUGGCCACAGACAGAAUAAUUCUGGUGGCUUAUCCAAGUUUUUCUGCUUUAGGAGUUCUGGGAAUUUUCUUGCAGAGGGGAACGGUGCAGACGCAGUCCUCUUAGCUUUUGGGCUUCCGUAUGAGAUCUGCUCUUUCAGGACUCGGCUAAGACGUCAGCUUAUCAGGACCGUUUUGUCGAUGAGUGAUGUCACUUAAUGACAAAAGUUUUAUUCUGUCAAAGUACGCCGCAAUGUUAUUCCUUCAGGGAUAAAUACUCAGGAAAAUAAACUAACUCUUCAUAACGGUUAAUCUUCAGUUUUCAAUGAUGCCUACAAACAGGUUUAGUUAAUUUGAAGUUUGCGAUAAGAAACUAAAAUUAUAUCUUAGUUUUCAUAUGUGAUUUGGUCUGAUUGGCAGACAACAACCUUAAUAUGAAUCACAAAACAUAAAAAAGACUUCUCUGUUUCACCUCCUCCUCUCUAAUUACACGAUGCAUCAUCUAGAUGCUCUUCGCCGACGUCCAAAGAAUGUAAAUUCACCAAAAGGCUGAAUGAAAUCACAGGAAACGCUGAAAAGUUGGAGAAUUACAGGAAGAGAAAGCUGCCUCUGGCCUCAAGGGGAAGAAAACGUUCUGCACAUGUUAGCGUGCACACACGCACACGCGCACACACACACACGCGCACGCACACACACACACACACACACACACACACACACAAACUGUUUUUACAGGACCACAGCGUUUGCAACACGGGAUUCGCCGCGGCUCACUGGGGAGGAUUUUGGCAUUUAUAGUAGCAAAGCUGAAGCUAGAAUAAACUGCUAUCAGGCACCUCUCAAACCAAGACGUGAUAAAGAGAGGUCGCUGCCCCUAGUGAGAGAACAUGUAUAUCUGUGUUUAUAUAGCUUCCGGCCGGCACUCGGCGUGCAGUAUACGUCGCCAACGCAACCACCCUCUUUUGCAGGGGGGCCUCCCACAGUCACUCCAAAGGGAUUAGCGGGGCCGUUUAGCCUUCAGAGGUGAGGAACUCAUGCGGCAAUAUUACUACGAGGCUAAGCGCAUCAAAAUCGAGUUUUUUCACCUUUCCCCUUUGCUCCUCGCCGCAUUAACGAGACCCACAAAUUGGGAUUUAUCGCUCAGUAAUGACGCGAUGGUCUGUCUUAUAAAAGAGGCUAUUGAAGGCUACAGAAAUGUGUUUCUUUGUAGUUUUUGCAAAAGACGUCAUUGACCGUUGGCUGUAUUUCAGUAAUACUCAUAGAAAGUAAAAAAUUAGGGUUUAAUUUUGGUGUCAACCUCAAUCAAAGUUAAUCCAACUUGUCAAGUACUGUAGGUCGUUCACCUCUACUUCCACGUUUACUUACAGUUAACUUUACACACGUCUCAUCAGGUUUUGAUAACUCCACUCGUUUAGUGUUGCUGUGCUACUCGCUGUCACAUUUAGUGGAUUUGUUACAUUGACCUCGUUAAAAUGAGCUGAAAAAAUAAUGUUUCAUUAACUUUGUUAGGUUGGAAGCAAAUCUCAGGUGCUGGUGGGGUUGGCUGCCAGGGGCGUUUAGAAGUGGGGUGACACAUCUGGCAUGAGGACCGUGGGGGGGUCUUUACAGUACGAUCUAAAGGGAAAACGGGCUUCAACACAAACGGUUUUAUUUCUGCUUGGCCCUCUUGAUUCAGCCAGUGUCUAUUUAUUAUAGCGUAAUAUUGCUUUAGGACAGUAAAAAGUGCAGAAGUCAAAACUUGACUUUGGAAAAAGUGUGUGUGUGUGUGUGUGUGGGGGGGGGGGGGGGCUGUCCCCCCCGUCCCCCCCAAAAAAUUAUGUCCAUGAUCACAUGGUAAAAAGCUAAAAACAGUCAAUUUUUGAUGAUAUGGAACUUUUCAACUAAAAGGAAUAGAAGCACAUGCAGAUACUUCAGUGUUUUAAUAUUUCACGGCUGAGGAACUAAAAGUUUUACGCUUUCACUGAAAACUUUGGAACAUGAGCAGCAUCUCAUUCAAAUCUGAACAUAACGAUCUUUCAUGCCGUUCACCUGAGAUUUGAGCCAGUUCAGGGAUGUGGUUGAGCUUUUCUCAGCAAACUCUGGAUGCCGUUCAGACAUCAGACAGCAGAUAGAUGCAGAGGGAGCACAGACACCUGCUCUUGCUGCAGAAUAAAGCUCCUAAACAACCUCCAGGCUGCACCGGCAGAGUAAGAAGCUCAAACAGACAGAAAUUCAGCAUCAUCUCCAUUUUUCUCUCUAAAAUUAGGUUAAACGUAAGAUAAAUCCAUGUGUGCAUCUUUGAUGCACUCACACAGUUCCCCCAUGUUUCUAUUUUUGUAGGUGUGCACUCAAAAUGUAUGUGCAACUGUGUCAUCGUGUCAGCUCAUGGCUGCGUGCUUGUUGUUAUGCUUCUGUGUGGGUGUUUAAAUGCAAAUUCACACCCAUCAUCAUAAGCUGUCUGGAGCUAGAACACCACCUCCUUUGCUGUCCUUCUAGCCUUCACAUCCAUUUUACGUGUCACGCUGCAGUUGCCAUGAACUUCUGGGAGUUUGCCAGAGCUAGCUCUCACUAAAGUCUAGAGUUUUCCUUUAAAACCUUUUCUCUCUUUCCCUCCCUCGCCCUGUCGGCAUCAGAGUGUUGCACCAAGGUGAUCUCAUAUAAAUCUAGAGUUUGUUUCCAGCUGAAAACACACACAAAGCCUGCCUCCCCAUGCGAGGCAUGUUUCAGGCUGUUUACCCAUCGGGGGGACGUCUCUGCUGCUUCUGACAGCAGGCUGAGGUACAAAACAAAAGAGCAGGAUGCUUCAGUGCAGGUAGCAGCUAAUUACAUGCUGCGUUUCUUUAGCAGGCCGCGAGCGAGUGACGCACGAGCUAAUGAAAAUGUUUGUGCAUGUGUUAAAAAAAACAUGGAAGGUCAAAGCGUAUUUUGGAUUCGUGCACCAGUGUACGACAGCAAGAGCAUUAAAGGGACAGUUCAGAUCUUUUAAAGUGGGAUUCUGGGAAACGUCAUUGCCUAGUUACCAUAUGAUUUUAUUUACAUUAAUAGUUUUCCCUGAUGACAACAUUCCCACAGAAACCCACCAAACCAGAUUUGAACUAUGACCUCUCCCGUCCCUCCCGGGGGUGUUGCCUUGUGUCUCAUCACCUCCCUGACUUUUCAGACAUGCCCCCCUCAUCCGAGACACAUUCAGGGUCCUGUUUCAGUGUAGGCAUGCUCUGUGCCUUAACCCCAACAAUAAGACCCACAGACUCAGGUUCUGAUGAAACAGGGGGUUGAUCCUGAUGUUUUAACUUUAACUGGACAUUUUAUAAACCACAUGCAGUUUUAUUUCCAUCUUUUCUGCACUUGGGGUUGUUCCCCAGGCAACGGGAAGCACUGUCGACUCCUGCCGGCAGCAUAAAUAUGUUCCUCUUACAUUUGCAUAACGUACCCACCUCUCCUCUUUAGUUUAAAUGUAUUUUUGUGUUGUUUAAGUUCUUAAAUGACACUGAUGAGGUGAUGAUUUCCUCAUUCUUUAUGUUGCCCUCCAGAUGUUUGUUACGUGGGUCGAGGCUGUGAGGUGACAGAUGUGUUGUGGUGUCAUUCAGAUCUCAGCUGGGUUCCCCAAAGUGUUUGUUGCUGUAGCUGUGUGUUUUUGCAACACUUUGCAAAAGCGGAAAAUAUAUAUUUCUAAUAUUCACGAAUAAAAAGUUAUUUCGA